CCUAGCGCUUUUCACAUGGCUUUUCACCACCGUCUUGUUCAUGGCGCGUUUUUUUGCUGUAGACGUGAUCGUUCAAAACAAGCUUUGACAUUUCGUUCACAAAUCGCUAUGGCUGUGCACGGGGACCUUCACCGUACUUUCAUACAGAUCGUGCUGUCACGCAAGAUAUUGCCCCUGACCGAAUUCGAGGAAUUGGUGCGCUAUUGUCAAAGAAAAUUUGACGUGCCAUUGAACCCAGAAGGAAACCUGCAAGCACUCGCAAAGUUUGUGUCUGACGUCAACAACCGACUGUCCCCCUUCCACAUGCGGCUCAAAAGCGGCGUGAGCGAAGAAGACGGCUCUCAUUUCUAUGCUCUAGUUAACAUCAGGGACGACGCGCUGUCCAAGUGUGCCACCAAGUUCUCCGGAAAUGAGAUGAAGUUCUUCAAAAAAUUGGUGCUGAAAAUUGCCGAAUCUAACUGUGGGCGCAUAACCUCAACAGCAGCGCUCAACAUCGUCUAUGAAGAUGGGGACUCUGGCCUUCAGAUAAGGACCGCUCAAGCUCUUAUUGAUCGGAUGGUCAGCCUUGGUUGUCUUACUGUGGAGGAGGGCAAUGUAUCCUUGGCUCCAUUGACACUCCUUGAACUGGAGCCUUACCUCCGAGAGCAGCUUGGCGACGCGAUUCCUCAAUGCGACGUGUGCAAGCAAAUUUGCAUCAAGGGAGAACUGUGCUCAAACCCCGAACUGCCGUGUCAAGCUGCAUAGCCACUGCGCGACACAGAUCUUUCGUUCGAGGACGUACGUCGUCCGGAAGCUGUCCAAGUUGCGAUGAGCCGUGGGAACGGUAGACGAGAAGAACGUCAGGAUGCAGAAAGAGUCUAAAAACACGGCUCGACUGUGAUGUACAUUUUUAUUUAAUAAACCUUCAUCAGUAAACUGUA